CUCGUGUGUUCAUCGUUACCCAUGCCAACUAGAUUCGAAUUUUAAAAUGUUGCUGUCUGUUUUUAAAAAAUAUAGUAAAUUCUCUUGACAUUUAACACAGGAUAAAGGCUCAGUAAGGAAGGAUGUUUAGCUGAAAAUAUUUUUAAUUAAUCAAAAUGGAAGUAAUGAAUCUUGUCAACUUUAAACAACUACAGCAGAAAAUUAACGGUCUGUCGAAGGAGUAUUUUGGCUAUAGUACCUCUAUGAAAGAUCACGAUGUUUCUCUUUAUAAGCCAGCAAAUGGAUUGCUACAUAUAGGGCAAGAAAAGACGGAGAAGCUUGCUCCUUUAAGCAAGAACAAGUCGCAUUUCCUGAUCGUUUGGGGUUGUGGUGAAUUUGGGCAACAUGGCUCAGAUCAAAGUGGCGAUGUGACAUUUGAAAUGGCGAUUCGUAAAUUUAAGUCUGAUAAAUUUAUGUUGCCACAUUGUGAAUUUCCUGUGAUCACUGUUUGUGGGUCAAGUCAUACAUUGCUUUUGACAGGUAGACAUGUGAUGACAACUUAAAUAGAUAUAAAUAAUGAUCAACAUGAUAGAUCAUUGAUUGUACUUAUCAUUGAUAUUAGUGAUAGAUAAUAGAUAAUAUUGAUCAACAUGAUAGAUCACUGAUUAUACUUCUUGAUAACUGAUAAUAGAUAAUAAUGAUCAACAUGAUAGAUCAUUGAUUACACUUCAUCAUAGAUGGUUAUAGAUCAUCAUCAUAGAUAGAUCAUUAUGGUUGUACUUUAUAAUCUUAGAUCAAUAGGAUAAAAUGAUUAUUAUAUGAAUUGCAUUAUCAACAAGAUAUAUCAAAUACAGAUUAUAACUAAUCCAACUAUAUUAGAUGAAUAGAAUAUAAUACUAUAUAACUUAUGAGGUACUGAGAUCAGUAAAUGAUAAUUAUAGAUAAUGUGAGAUUAUUAGAGGGUUCAUGACAUAGAAUGGCUAAACUAUAGAUGUUAUUGCACCAUUAAAGGUACAGAUGAAGUUUACAGUUGGGGUAAUGGUACCAGUGGUCAGUUAGGUAAUGGUACCUGUUUGACAACCACUAAACCAACAUUGGUACCUCUGACAUUGGACAACAAGAUACAAGGAAUGUCAUGUGGUGCUAGACAUAGUUUUAUCUGGACAAAGAAUGGUUAUUGUUAUAGCUUUGGUAACAAUUUUAAUGCCCAACUUGGCUAUAACUUUUCCAAAGCUGAUUUUAAAGAAAACCAGGUAAUGUAUUGUAUGUGGAAGCCCAACAAAUGUUUGCUAGGGAAGACACUAUGCAGAUCAACAAAGGGAUACAGCCAGUCAGCCAUCACUUAUAUAUUCUUAGAAUAUAGCUUCAAUAAAUAACUUGGUCCCAAAAGUUGUAACAAGUUUUUCCAACCAUGAAAACUGCUUGGGAUUAUUCAGCCUAGCUUACCUAAAUUCAUCAUUAAUCUCACAUUUUCCACUGAAGAAUAUAACAAAUUUUGCAGCUCUGGCCAGUUGUAGUAGAACUUUUCCCAGACAUGAAAGUGAAGGAGGUAUCAUGUGGUGCAAGACAUUCAUUAUUUCUGCUCACCACUGGUCAUGUGAUGGCAGUCGGGUGCAACCAACAUGGUCAAAUUGGAAAUGAUACGACAGAAGAUGUCGUUAUUCCUACAAUGUUAGAUGAUCUUCACUCUAUAACUCAUGUAGCUUGUGGAAAUAUACACAGCUUAGCAUCACAUGGUAAGUAAUGACCUCAAUGUUUGGCAACUUUUUUACUAUAUACAGGUAUUAAUGGUUGUCUAGCUGUCACUAGUUAGUGAUAAAGACAGCCAACUCCUAUCCCCAACUUGUCAUUUGUGUACUUUCAAAUAACUCACAAGAACAAUAUGUGCCCUGAAGCAUCUACCACGCUGUUGCCACUGGUAGUCACUGUGCACUAGUAAUGUAUAAUUAGCACUUGCUUUUCUGGCAGCUCUAAGUCAAACAGAUUUCAAUCAAUUCACACUCUUUGUAUUUCCACAGAAAAUGGCUCAGUGUAUGCAUGGGGUUAUGGUAAAGCAUUUGGAAACAAAACACGACAUGUAGCCACUCCACAGAAAUUUGCUCCUAAAGACAUUGAAAGUAGUGUUGUGGUUUCAUUAGCUGGUGGAGACUGUCACUCCAUGGCAUUGUAUGACUGUGGUGUAGUGUUCACGUGGGGCAAUAAUUAUGAGGUGAGAAGACUGAAUCUUUGAAGCUCUGUGAGCGGUGAGCAUGUUGAGAAUGAAAUCAAAUAGUUGCUGUUUUUAAUCUUAAUACUCAAAUACUAAAAGGAAUAUAACUUUUGUUGUUGAGUUGAUUAAUGAGCGUAUUAUUACCGUGAAGUCAAGAUAACGAUACGGUGCUCAUGAGUUUGUUAUUUAGUUUGAGAUUUGUUGAUAUAUGUUUAAUGUUUUGAUGUGUUCCUAUCUUCUAAGGGUCAACUAGGAGUUGGUAAAGAUGUCAAGUAUCAAAAUGAACCAGAAGCAAUACCUAGUGAUCUCUUACCAAGACCAGUCAUACAGAUUGCAUGCGGUGAAACUACCUCAGCCGCUGUCACGGGUACGUACGCUUCACGUAACCAUUCACGUAACCAUUCAUAGGUAAGCCCAAACUGGCACUGGUCCACUUAUCUGGAAGACUGCACUGGAUACAAGACUAUUCCUGCAAAUCUGUUUAAAUGCUAGACCAGUUAAAGGUACAUUUUCUCAUGUAUAAAUUCACUUUACAAAAUUCAUUUCAGGCAAAGGAGAGCUGUUUAUGUGGGGGAAGAACGCAGGCCUGAUUCAUUCUGAUAAAUCAUCGCAGCACUUCCAGUAUACACCUCACCAUAUUGAAAUGGAUGGCAUGUCCGUUAUGCAGGUAAGAUUAUGUAAAAUACACAGCACGAACGACCGUGCAUAUCAGAUACACAAUUAUUCUAAAAGUAAACGUUAAUAAUCUUAAGUUAAAGACAUGAUUGAAUGAUAUAGUUGGCAGAGGUGUAACUUAACUCUUGCCCGGGGCAAAUGAAUAUCAUGAUGGGCAAGUAAACAUUUUAUCUUGCUUGCAAGUUGCCUUGCCACAAAAAGCUGGGCAUUUUAAGUUUAUGUUUUCAUUGUCGGAUAAUUUUUUUAUAGUGCAUGUACUUGAUUCAAAUUUUUUUUUUUUGUGGGCCAAAGCUAGAUCUGAGGUAGUAUAACAUAGCCAUAUAGAGCAGUGGUACCUAGGUACCCCAGUGGCCAUUGUCUGAUGGCAAGUGAAUUUUAAUCAGGGCAACUAAUGUUCAUGUCCAACUUGCCCUGAAGGCAAGUGGUCAAAAAAGUAAAGUUACACCACUGGUUGGUGAGAAUAAUUUUGUAGAUGUGCAGGAUUUGUUUAUCAGAUAUACAAAGCUCCUUCAUGGUCAUGAUUCCCUUUGUGUUUUCUUUACGAAUUAUUAACAAAAUUAAUUUAACAAAUUUUUCUUUUUGUAAGAUUUCCUGCGGGGCAUGGCAUGUUUCAGCAAUUAUAAAAAAUUCAACGAAUGAAACAGAAGAAAUCUCCCAAAAUCUGGACAGUGAAUCUCUGGAGACUGAACAACCAGAUUUUCCCAACCAGAAAUUAGACUUAGUGAAGAAUGCUGGAUUACCUUGUGAAAACAGAGAUGACACAGUUUCUGAAGCUUCAACUGAACAACAACAGAAUCGCAAAUGUAGGAUUGAAUCAAUGGAUACAAAUAUGAGUGAUGAUGCCUGUAUUAUAACAAAAUAUAGUUCACAACCUGAAAUCCCACGAGUAAACAUUCAUGAUAAUGAAUUGAGUGAGAAUUCGUUGGAUACUUGUUUUAUAACUAAAUACAGUUCAGACUCUGAAUUUUCGAUGGUGGAAAAUGAAUGUUGUGAGAAUGAGAUACUACUAGCUACGGACAAACAACUAACCAAAUAUUCUGAAGAAGUUAUUUCAGACCAGGAGCAAGAAGAUUGUCUAGCAACAAAAACUGAGGUUUAUGGCGUGGACAAAACAGGUUGUAGAACUAAUGAAACCAGAAAUACAAACGUUAUGGAUUCAUCGUUUGAUUAUAAGGAAAUAUACGAAGAGUCUCGUUCUUCAAGACAACAUAAAAAUAGGUUGCAACUGGACGAAGCUCAUAGUAUGGAGAAACAAAGCGAUUCAUCUAGCAUUUCUGAACAGCUGGUUGGCAAUUAUCAAGGAAGACUUACUACCACGUACGCAGAAAAAGAGCCUUCGCUGUCUUCUUCUUCAGAGUCUAGAGAAGAAGACAUACAUAAGAGGAAUACCAGAAAAAGUUUAUUACGAAAUGAGAAUGCAACGACUUAUUGUACGUUUGAAUCUGAAAAUGUUUGCAGCAUAGAGUUUGACACGGUCAGGUUGGAAAAGGACAAAAGGAAAAACAAUGACAGUUUACCAAAUAAAUGUGAAGAUUUUAGGAACGACAAUGUUGUAAAAGACAACCAUUUUCUACGUAAUAAUAGUAAUGACGAUACAAGAAACAAGAACGACAGCUUAACAAGUUAUAAUCAACAUGUUUCAUGGGACAAUGACUAUAUUCUUGGUAAUAAUAAACGCGUAAAUGUGGACAUUAUUGAAAACAACAAAGGAAGCCAAAUUGGAAGAAAAAAUCUCCAUUUAAAACAUUGGAAUGAUUUAAAAUCUCAACAGGCGGAGAGAAAGCCCGGUCCCUGCAUUGCUGAGAAAAAUGUUUGCGAAGAUAUUUCAGGCUUGUCGUUAGGUUCGCUUGAACAGAACUCGAUUAAGGAAAGUUCAGUAUUGAAAAGGAAUAUCAGACUGGCUAUUACACCAUUACAGAAUGGCAGCAUUAAACACAAUUCAGCAUUAAAACGGACUACAGAAGUUAAACCAGCUGUAACACCAGCUCAAAAUAAAACCAUGGAACAGAAGACUACAGGAUUCAAACUGGCUAUUACAUCAACACAGAAUAAAAGCAUGGACUGUGAUAACCAACUUCUCAGUCGACAACAAACAGUGCCGGUGAUUGAUCUUAGUUUUGGAAAGGCGGUUCGACAUGUGGAACAAAGUAGAAUAAAGCCAAGUUUCACAACGUUCAGAAAUGUUUGGAAAGCUUCCAAUCUCUUCCGGGAAAAGCAAAGACAGAAAAGGAUUGGUAUAGCAAGCAGACGUGGAUCAGAUGGGCUGUUCACUUUGGUAAGUUUUAUUAAUAUUUCUCAAAAUAUUCAUUGCUGGUAUCCGCAUUUAGACAUUGCAAGAGCUGAAAGAUGUAAAAACGUCUAAUAAUAUGGUAAGGGAGUGACUUACAGCUUCGUUCCUGAAUUCAAAUAUAAAUAUUUAAUCAGGAAAGGGAAUAGCCCUAGAUGUGUACAGUAGAACGUACAGUAUAAGGUAUAAAACUUGGACCGGCCAUUGUCCGUUGAAGUCAGUGCGAUUGUUCAUUGAAUGUUCUGUGUCCCUUCACCAUACGUUCUUCAAUUGUUCAUUUUUGGUUUUAACAAAAUCCUUCAUUAGAUCCUUUAUUGAUAAUGCUUGCGAAGAUGUAUUGUUUUUAUUAUUCAUGCUUUCACUUUAUUUGGGCACGAUUGGGUGGAUUGCGUAGUUUUACCUGGAAAACAUUUUCUUCUUUUUUGUUGAGAUCAGUUAAGUUGUGCGACGUUACUCAGCAAACCGAGACACGGUUUGCUCGUUUUGGAAAUUCUUUUGAGUUCAUAUUCCUGCGUACACGAAUAUUCACGCUAGUUUGUUCAUAUAGAAAAGUUUCUUUCGCCAUUUUUGCCGAAUUUAUUUUGUGAGCUGCCGUAAGACAUUCUUGAAGAUCAAGGCUUUUUGUGGACGUAUUUCGCAGUCAAUACGUGGCCAAUAUUUAAGGCAAAACUUAGAUCUGUCAAAUCACAACAUACAGUACCAGUUACAGUAGUAAAAGAUAGUAGUGGUACCUUUACACAUCAUAUUUAGACUGGAGCUGUAAUAACUUGCUCACAUUUUAUUCCACAGGAAAACACGUUGCCAAACCGUCCCGUACAUGCUGUCAGAGAAAUUGAAAAAUGGUCAAAAUUUAAGGAGGAUUUUACACAAUUACAAAAUGAUUCUACACAAGAGUUGAGGAGAACAACUGAUAAAUUAUCCAAAUGUUGUCAUGAUACGGGAGAAGUGUUGCCCCCAAUUUGUUCCUGUAAGAAGAAUUACGAAGUAAUCCCGAAAAGACGUGAUACAUUGACUAACAUUUUUAUAGAUAGAAGAUAAAAUUUGUGUCUUAGUGUAGGUAGCACAUAGAUUAUGAAAUAAUGGAACUGGUGAAAUAAGAAUAUACUAUUUAGAUGGCGUGUUAUAUUCACUUAUAGAUAGGAGAUAAAUUUGGUUCUUACAAAUCGGUAAUCACAACUCAACAGUUUUUAUUUGAAAUCACGAAUGGGAAUAAAUGCAAUUUCACAUCGUCAUAGGAGAGUUCAAGAACGAUCUUUGAUGUGUUGACGGAAACUUGUUAAGACUGUAUUACCUGGUCUUGUCUAUUACUUGGUCUUGUCUAAACAUCAUUGAUUCUGUCAUGAUUGCUUUCUCUUCUUCAUAUUGACAAUAUGUAUGUCGCUGCUUUGGAAUAUUGGGUCCUGAUCUUCCGCUGGUAUAGUGUGCAUCUCAAAUCCUUUCUCCAGAAUCUAAAA